AAGGUUAAGGUUAAGGCCCAGGGUUGGGCAGAGGCAGUCAGCCACAUCCAAACCCUCUCUUCUCUUCCUAUUUUUCUCGUACAAAACAGCUGUGAGAUUCAGUCCCAAACUACCCAAGUCUCCGAUCUGAGCAUAUCCGAGAGGCAGAGGAAGAGGAAGAGGAAGAGCGAAAAUGGGCAAGGGCGGCGCGCUGAGCGAGAGCGUCGUGAAGAAGAUCCUGCUAUCCUACACCUAUGUCGGCAUCUGGAUCUUCCUCAGCUUCACGGUGAUCGUGUACAACAAGUACAUCCUCGACAAGAAGAUGUACGGAUGGCCCUUCCCCAUCUCACUAACCAUGAUCCACAUGACCUUCUGCGCCUCCAUCGCCUUCCUCCUCGUGCGCGUCCUCCGCCUCGUGGAGCCUGUCGCCAUGUCCCGUGAAGUCUACCUCUCUUCCGUCGUACCCAUCGGCGCUCUCUACUCUCUGUCCCUAUGGCUGUCCAACUCCGCCUACAUCUACCUCUCCGUCUCCUUCAUCCAGAUGCUCAAGGCCCUCAUGCCCGUCGCCGUCUACUCCAUUGGCGUUGGCUUCAAGAAGGAGUCUUUCAAGUCCGAAAUCAUGGCCAACAUGCUCUCCAUCUCGGUGGGUGUAGCCAUCGCCGCCUACGGCGAGGCCAGAUUUGACUCCUGGGGGGUUUUUCUCCAACUGGGUGCUGUGGCUUUCGAGGCCACCAGGCUCGUCAUGAUCCAAAUCCUCCUCACCUCCAAAGGGAUUACCUUGAACCCCAUUACCUCUCUGUACUACGUCGCGCCCUGCUGCUUGGUUUUCCUCUCUAUUCCAUGGAUCUUCGUGGAGUACCCGGUGCUGAAGGAAUCCUCUAGCUUCCACUUCGAUUUCGUCAUCUUCGGCACCAAUUCCCUCUGCGCUUUCGCUCUGAAUCUCGCGGUUUUCUUGCUUGUCGGAAAGACUUCGGCUUUGACCAUGAAUGUGGCCGGGGUUGUCAAGGACUGGUUGUUGAUCGCUUUCUCGUGGUCAGUCAUCAAGGACACGGUGACACCCAUCAAUUUGUUUGGCUACUUUCUGGCGUUUUUAGGCGUGGCCUAUUACAACCACUCGAAAUUGCAGGCUCUGAAGGCGAAGGAGGCGCAGAAGAAGUCUGCUCAGGCCGAUGAGGAGGCUGGAAGGUUGUUGGAGGAGAGGGAAGGAGAAAGUGUGGGAAAGAGGAGCGAAUCGCACGAUUAGACUAAUUUUAUUUUAGGAAGAGAAAAAACUAUGGAGGAAGAGUACGAAAAAUAAGAAGAAAGCGGUUUGUUGAAGCCUUCGGAUGAAUUUGCUAGCUGUGGCUGUUUCUUUACUAAUGUUCAGGGAUUUGAGAUUCGAUCUAUUGCUUAUAUUGCCAUUUCUGUAUCUUAGUAGAGAAAGCAUCCCAAAGCCCCCCCCCCCCCCCCCCCCCCCCCCCCUUUUUUUUUUUGGUUCCUGAAAGUUUAUUUGUCAUUACCUUUACCUCUGUUGUGUAGGAGCUAUUUCUUAUAAAUUUUCAGUAUGCUUAUUUAUUCAUAUUUGUUUCUGUUUA